GUUUUUAAUAAAACUUUAAAAUUUUUAUAAAAAGACCUUUUAAAAAGUAUAAGGAUUUGAAAAAUCCUUUAUGAACGUAGCAAGUGUCAAAUUAAAUGCCACAAAAAGAUAAAAAAUACUUUAAAAUGUUAAUUUAUAAAAACUACCAGUAUCAAGAAUUUAAUCUAAAGAAUCAAGCAGUUUGCACACUUUAUUCAAGACUCAAGAAUUAUUCAAGAUUCAAGAUACUCAAGAACUGUUCAACAUUCAAGAUACUUAUUAAAAUUGAGAUAGUAGUAAAAGGACGCCUUAUUAAAGCAGCUGCCACCAUGUCUGCUAAUAAUACUGCUUGUGGAACAAAACCUUUACAAAAAUUUGCUGCCAAUUCUCAGCCCUUUACUGUUUUGAUCGAGGGCAACAUUGGCAGUGGCAAGACCACGUUUCUUAAUCAUUUUGAACAAUUCCAAGAUAAGAUCUGUUUAAUCACAGAACCUGUCGAAAAAUGGCGUAAUGUUAGAGGUGUCAAUUUACUGGAAUUGAUGUAUAAAGAACCAGAACGUUGGGCAAUGCCAUUCCAAUCGUAUGUUACAUUGACCAUGUUACAAAGUCACACAUUACAGACUGAAAAACCCGUCAAACUAAUGGAACGUUCAAUAUACAGUUCAAAGCACUGUUUUGUUGAGAACAUGUUUAGAAAUAAAAUAAUUGAUGCCGGAAUGUAUCAUGUAUUACAAGAAUGGUAUAGAUUCAUUGAAGAUUCCAUACACAUACGAGCCGAUUUAAUAGUUUAUCUACGUACUUCACCUGAAGUGGUCUAUGAGCGUAUGCGUAAACGUGCCCGUUCCGAGGAGAGUUGUGUGCCUUUGAAAUAUUUAGAGGAAUUACAUAAAUUACACGAGGAAUGGUUAAUAAAAAAUCGUGGCUAUAAUACAAAUGUUAUCGUUUUAAAUGCUGAUUUAGAUUUAGAACACAUUGGUUCUGAAUAUAAACGUUACGAAAAUCACAUAAUAAAUCCAAUGUUUACACAACAACCUCAAGCAGUUUUAGUAUCGCCUAGUAAACGUCGACAUAUGGAAUAGUUUUGGAUUGAUUCUAACUACUACAAUUAGAAAAAAAUUUAUUUAUAAACCAGACCCUAUAUAAACUUAAUGGACUGUGCGUUUGUCUGCUAAAAUUUUGCUAUCAUUUCCAAUAUGUUGUUUUAUGUUUUUAAGGGGAAAUUUCCAAACUGGCAAACAAACGUGCCAGCAUACUAAUAAGUCUCAUAAUUAAUUUAAGUAUUUUGUUUGAGUUUGUGCAAUUUUUUUUAUAUGAUUCAUUUGCUAUAAGAGAUGAAGCUCAAUUUGUUUGAAAUUAAAUUUUUGUUAUUUUCGGUAAAGAUUUAUUGCAACUUUUUUUUAUAUAUGUACAACAAACAUAAUUAUGAAAAUUAUUCAUUUCACUGAGCACAAUAACUGACGUAUUAUUGAUCUUGUAGCAAAUGUGCAAUUUUAAAUUUUUUUUGGUAUGUUCUGUAUUAUUUAAUCAUUUGAAAAACAAAUUUAAAUGUAUUAAAGACUUUGGAUCGAAUACAAACAAUUCCUAAUGAUUGAUUGAAACAUUGCUAAAUACAGAAUAUAUCCAUAAAAUGCAUUUUAAAUUCUAAAUAUUGUCUGUAAUAACUUAAAAAUUGUAAUUAAUAUUAAGCUAGUUUUAUAAGAUUUAAAAUAAAUAAGCGUUUAUAAAUGCAUUAAAAUUGUAGCACUGCUGCAUAAUUUAAGUUCGAUAAUAAUAUUACUGAUUUAUGACAAAUACUUAUUUUUUAUUAUACUAUUUACUGGCACAUCACAGAACGCAGCAGUGAUGCAUCAUAAAUUUAUUGCAUUUACUAACGAAUUCUGAAAA